GUCCAACCUCAAACUAGUACUCCGUAUAAGUGCCAUUGUCACUUCCUUUAUUUCUGUCCUUAUUUUCAUUUGCUGACUCAACGACCUCUAAGUAUAAGAAGGGCCCUUAGAUCGAUUACUAUGGAUCCUGCAAGAGCAGAAGUUCCAACAUGUCCAUUCUGCACCUUUUCUGACCCUGCUAGCAAUUCUAUUGUGGAUCACAUUGAGCUAUAUCAUCCUGAAGUUGACGACCGGUUUGGCGUCAGCGGUAAAAAGGCCAUGAAAUUGAACAACUUGAAGGUAUCAUCUGACUGCAGACAACAUUUAUCCGCCAGCGAGGAGAACGGGCAUCUAGGAAAGUACACCAGUUGCCCACGUGGUUGUGGGGAAAUAGUAAUGGACACCGAGCUUUCCGCUCAUCUCGAUCUACGCUUAGCAGAAGAAACUGCCUAUGAGAGUACAUCUUCUCAGCCAGAGUUGACUGGUCGAAAGCUAAGCAGACCUGACGAUUACGAGGACCUGGACAAUACCCAGUAUUUGAAUGAACCGUUUGUGAAGAGUCAGCUAAAGAAAGAGAAGCCCACUCAGGAAGCAGUGAGAGAAAAGAGACCUCGUAGUUCUUCAAAUAUAGCGCUUACUGUGAAAAAGCUUGGACGCACCGAAUUAGGACCAUAUGCUCAUGAGAAGCAGAUGCCUUUGUGGCUUCGAAAGUUAUUAGAAAAAGGAGUCAAAAUAACAGAGUCGAAUACAAUUGCUCCAGAUGGAACGCUGCGGAGACAUCGUUCAAUAGAGAACGAGACGACUGAUGUUGUUCCGGUGCUUGUUAGGCUUUGCGAGCAGGACAGAUCAGUCCAGCGUGCUUUCUUCUGUAGCCCCAAAGUUCAUCAAAUCUCUAAGAUGUCGAAAGAGGGGGGUUUUUGCGGCUACAGGAAUAUUCAAAUGCUAAUUUCCUAUAUCAAAGAAUGCCGCCUUCCGGGACAUGAAUGUUUCUCGGAAGUAGUGCCAACGAUCCUGCAGAUACAGGAGAUGAUCGAGAAUGCGUGGGAUAUGGGUUUCAACAGCAUCGGACGGAUUGAGACCGGCGGAAUCCGCGGCACUAGAAAAUAUAUUGGCACACCCGAAGCACAGGCGUUAUUUUUGAGUUUAGGAAUACAAUGCGAAGCCAGUAGUAUCGGAGGAACUAAAGAUAUGCAAGCUCAUGACGUUUUGUUCAUGCGCAUUGCGAACUACUUCCGACAGGCGUGCUCCUUGGAUACCGAUGACAAAGUUUUCGUGACAAACUUACCCCCUAUUUACUUCCAACAUCAAGGACACUCAUUGACCAUUAUUGGAUUCGAGAUACGUGACAAUGGCAGUGCGAAUCUCUUGGUCUUGGACCCAAUGUUCAAGCCAUCGUCCGCUGUGAAGCGGCUCAGAGGCACGCGCGCAGUAUCUGCUGAUCCCGCUCGGAUUCUAAAGGGCUACCGACGAGGAGCAGCUUAUUUAAAGAAAUAUAAAGUCUUUGAAAUCCUCAAGCUCUCUAUUCCCCAAGACCUUGUCCAAGACUUGACUUGUACAAAACCAUAGAUCUUUUUCUGGGACCGUGGCAUCAGGUCCAUCACUUCAACUACCAAUGAGAAAGGACUAUUCAGAGAGAGAAAUAAAGUAAAUGAAAUCGACUCCCGCAAG